UUUGCUAAAAGCUCACCACUAGAUAGCAGGAUGCAGUUUAUCGUUUUCUGGUUAUUGUGAAAUAAACCAGGAAUAAAACUACAGCUUAGUGACGACAUACGCAGAUAUGGAGGGUGACAACACGGACAGUGCCGCCGGUGAAGACGGAGUACCUGCCCCGGCGACUGGCUCAUCGCCUGCGUUGAAUGUGCUGUGCGCAAUUUGUAAUGAGUUUUUCCGGGCGAACGACAUCGUUUUCUCGACCGCCAAGUGCGGACACGUUUUCCACAAGGACUGCCUGACCCGGUGGCUGAACAGAUCCUCCACCUGCCCGCAGUGCAGGUCCUCCUGCACCCGGAACCGGGUCCACCGGCUGUACCUUAACUUCGCCGAGGCCACGGAGUACGAUGACACGGAGCCACCGAAGAUGCCCAUCGAGUGGGUGGCUAUGGAUCUGGAUGUGCACAGUUUCCCGGAUGCCCACCAGCCGCCCGAGGGAGCCGUCCAGUGCGGCACCAACGAGGACGGGCUGCCCACAUAUGUGGCCAGGGCCUACUUUAACGACGACCUCCUGCCCUCCGUUUAUGUGCCGGAGAAGAAGGCCGCCUACGGAUCGUACGCCUGCCGUGCCUACGCCCUCACCGACGAUGUCGAGAUCCUGGUGCUGAACGACUGUGACCUCAAGUGGGUGCCCGGUCAGCAUGGCAGCUUUCCACAUGAUGCCCUGCACACGGGCUACUCCGAGCUGGGCGAGAUCACCUACAUGGGACGCGGCAUCUACGAGGGCAUCCUGCGGUUGGGCAAGGUGCACCCCAGCCACAAGGUCAUGUACAUGCCGCACCGGGGUGCGGAGGUAAACGUUAACACCUACGAGGUCCUGGUCGUCACACCACGCGAUCACGCCGAACGAUGAUGAUCCAGCAUCUCGGUUUCCUUAAAAAUCCCUUUACGAAUUGUGUCUUAAUAUUGUCCCGAAUCUGUGUUAUAUGUAUGUACGUCUGUUAUAUUUUAAAAAAUAUAGUGGCACCUUUAGAUUCUCAAA